AGAAUCCCACAGGAUUUUGCCAUGGAUUUUACAAAAGUCUGGGGCGGAGCGAUUGUCUAAUAUUUUAUAGCAGCGUUUUAGUAUGUCUGAUGAAUUUUGCUAUCCUUGGUGGGCGUGCGAAAUUUGAAAUUGUAAACUGCGCGUGUUUGAACCGGUUGUUGUCAGUUUUUGUCUCGUGAACGCUUGAAUUACUGCUUUUGGAGUCUGGCUCCUGCUUCAAUUUCUCCGAAAUGAAAUAAGAUUUGAUCAACCAGUUGAGCAUGGAGUCCAACAACUUGGGAUCAACUGAAGGUGAUGGUCCAUACAAAGCAACUCAGCUGUGGCGGGAGGCCGUGCGCGGGUUCCGCGAGGGCAUGGUGCUGCAGCGGCACUGGCGUAACCUGCGCUACCACGAGCGCUGUUUCACGGGCGCGGCGGCCGUCAGCUGGCUGCACCGCUACCUGGCCGGACACGCGCUCUUCUCGGCCAACGUUAGCCGCGAGCAGACGGUUCGACUGCUGGCAAAGUUCGUGCAGGCCGGCAUCAUCCAGGAGGUGCGCGGCCGGCGCGGCACCGCGCCGCCAGAGUUCAAGGACGAUAGCCGGCUCUACAGGUUAAGCACGCACGGCACUCCCGGUCGGUCGGCUCUGGCUUUGAUGAACGGUAACGCGCCGCAACCCAAGCCGGAGUCUGCCGAGGCGGGCGGCUGCAGUCCUCAGCUGCGGCGGCGGCCGAGCGGGGCCAGCCCGCCGCCCUGUACCGAGGAGCCGCCGCAGCAGCACCAGCCGCCGCCGCCGCCGCCGCCGCUGCCGCUCCCUCAGUGCCGACCAGUGAUGCGCGCGCCGACAGCCGCUGAGGUCGACUCUGUGUGGAGUACCACACUGCUGUCACGGCUGGAGACAGUGCUGGACGCGACAGUAGUGGACAUCGUGCCGGCCGGCUGCGUGGUGCCCGCGUGGAUCCGCCACAACACGGAGCGCGUGACCCAGAGUGGCCUGGUGCAGCCGCUGCCGGACGCACCGCCCAGCCUGCCGCGCUGGCUCAUCAUGGCCAUGAAAACGCUGGCCAACUGGCCCGAGGCGCGUCAGAUGCCGGAGCUGCCGCAGGAUUACGUCGACUUUCAGCUGGACGUGUUCCGCGUCAUCCGCGAGUACUUCUCGGCGCUGCCGUUCCCGCUGGUGCCUCACGAGCUGUACGAGUCGCUGGUGGGCGCCCUGCUGCGGGCUGAGCAGCGGGACCGGCAGCUGCGCGACCAGCAGGAGCAGGAGCAGCAACAGGCGCAGCGGCGCCGGCAGUCGACGGCGCCGGCCGGCUCCGUGGAGAACCUGCUGCUCAUGAUGUCACCUGCGCCGGUGACGCCGCGGCCGCCGGCCGACACGCCGCUGCUGGGCAGCGCGGCAGCCGACGGCCGAUACCGCGACUUCAAGGAGGACUCCCUGUUCGCCUCGCCGGCGCCGGUGACUCCGGCCGGGCAGAGCGUGGCGCGUCUGCGCGGACGGCUGAUGCGGCUCGGAGUGGGUGCCGGGGCGGCAGUACCGGCGGCAGCAGUGGACGCGGCCGACACCACUGAGGACGACGUGUUCGCGACACCUGACGAGGAGCCGCGCCGGCGACCGCGCGCCGCCAGCUUCCUGCGCGCCAUCGCAGACGGAAAGGAGAACUGUCCGCCGGCCGAGCGCGACCAGGAGCGCUUCUGUGAGGCCGUGUUCCGGCCGCCGGUGGAGGCAGCGCCGGGUCGGCCCCCGGCCCGGCUGCCGACAGUGCCCACCCUGUCUACGGUUAGUCUACCCGUGGCCGGCUUCUUUCCCUCGACAUCGAGCCUGCAGCCUGCCCGCUACGUGCCCACGGCCAGCCUGCAGCCGCCGGCGCGGCCGUACAGCCUGUCGGCGGCGUCCCCUCAUAGUCUGCAGGCCAGCUCAGUGGACAGCAGCCCGGCGCAGCUCAGCCUGACCUCGGGCGAGUACUAUUUGACCUCGUCCCGGCUGGAGCCGGCGCCCUCUGACGCCAGCGUGCAGUCGGCCGGCCGGCUGAGCACGGGCCGGCCGCGUCGCUCGGUAGCCAGUAUCCACUCGGUGGGCUCGGCGGCGUCGCUGAGCAGCGCGCGGCUCUCGGUGAGCGGGCUGAGCCAGGCGUCUCCGCUGGCCGCCGACAGCAGUCGCGGCUCGGACUCGGCGGUCGGCUCCAGCCUGGCCUCGGAGCGGCCGGCCGACACCUGCCUGGAGACGGUGUUCGGCGCCACCGGUCCGGUGACGCGGCUGAUCCCGCAGCGCUCUGUGGAGGCGCUCCACCUUCCGGCCAGCCGGCCGGGCUCGCGGCUCUCGGAGGCGGCGCCCGGCUCCUCGGAGAGCCUGUCGAGCCGCGGCCGGGCGCCGUGUGUCGCGCCGGCCGCCAUCCGCCGACACCAGCUGCGCGACGACUCGCUGUCGCGCUCCCUGCGACGGCUCAAGGAGAAAAGGCGCGACAAGCAGGAGCAGCGUCGGCGGCGGGAGCAGGCGGCCGAGCAGCCGCCCCCGCCGCCGCCGCCGCCGUCCUCGGCCGCCGACUACGCCGAGUUCUCCUCGGGUCUGAGCCGGGCCGACGGCGAGGGCGCGCAGCCGGCGGCGCCGGCGGCCAGCGCGCUGAAGGCGGCCCGCGUGCUCGGCCUGGCCGUGGAGCAGGUGGAGCAGGUGUGCCCGCCUCCGCCGCCGGUGCCGGCGCGCGCGGCGCCCGUGUGGCGCGGCCCGGCGGCGCUGCGCGUGUGGCAGCGCCGCAGCGUGGCCGACCCGAGCCGCGUCAGUCAGCCGCUGUCUCCGCUGCAGCAGGCCGCCAGACAGCGACACUCGGUGGUCGGUCGGGACUAUGAGAACCUGCGGGACCUCAGCCGGCUGAUGGCUGAGCCGGCGCCGCCCCCGGCCGGUCCGCCGCCGCCCAAACCGGCGCGAGCCCCCUACCAGGGCCGAUUCCGGGCGACGCCAUGUAAGCGGGUUCCGCUGCUCGCGCCCGGCGCGGCGCCCUCCUCUCCGGGCACUCAGGACCUGGUGACGGCCGAGGGCCACAAGAUGGCUCGCGAGUCGCUGCAGCUGCUGCUGACGCUGCUGCCGCCCGGCUGCCGUCGGCAGCUGCAGCUGCUGCUGCGCUUCAUGUACAAGGCGGCGGCCAAUCAGCGGCUGCAGCUGUCCCACCUCGUCUCCGGCCGCGAACUGAUGGUGAGCACGUUCGCGGACCGGAUCCUGCGUGCGGCCAGCGCCGAGCAGGCCGACCCGGAGCUGGAGCGCCGCCUGGUCAGCUACCUGCUCGAACACCAGGCCGAGAUUCUGGCGCCGGCCGGACACGUGCGAGACGCGGUGGCCGAGCGGCUCCGGCAGCGGCCGAGAGAGACGGUGCAGUACGAGGAGGACACAGACCAGAUCACGUUUUGCCAGCGCGUCACGGCCGAGCAGUACGACCAGGAGCGACGCGGCACGUCCGGAUCGCUCCUAUCUCUGCUCGAUACCAUCAUUGGCGACACGCGCAUGUCUAAGAAGGACAAGAUCAAGCGGCUUCGCCAGUUCCGUGAGGUGUACCCGGACGUGUACGCUCUCCGGCUGGCAGAGGCCGACCAGCAGCUGGCCGCCGACCCGCGCCGCACCCGCUCCCUGUUCGCCGCCGGGUCGCUCACCUCGCUGGUUCGCUCCAAGUCGCUCCGGUUCUGAGCUUAGUCGUCGACAGUGUUUGGGAAUUACUCCGGGACUUCGGUGGAUGCCCCCAUUCGGUUCUGCCUUAGUGCUGGUUCAUCUGGGAUAUAUUCGCCGAUAGCAACGUGUCAUAAUUCUGAUGCUGCGACUCGAGACGUCCUCUGAGGUAGCUCACUGUCAUAAUGCUGGAGAGAUUACCGCGCGUUACUGGCGGUGACCUGAUGCCGGGCGUUACACUGCCAUAAUACGGAGGCAGCUUGAACCGGGAUACCGCUGCAUGACUAGGAGGCUCCUCAGGCGUAUCCAUGUUGUGCCUUGAUUUCCCUAGUGUGGUCGAUGUCAAACUCAAUUCGGACUCAGCUGCUGUGGAGCAUGGGACCUGAGAUCACAUCACCUGUUAGCGGUGUGGACACUCUCCGAAAGAGCGGCAUACUCGGGCUGUGCGAGGGCAACUUCAUUGAGAUUCGAGCGCAGGGCUCUCUUCUUAGCGGCUUUACUUGCGUCCCAUGUUUGGGAUUCGGCCACUUUUACGCACCUGUAUGUAUUGUGUAUUCACUGUUUAUUCUCUGUUUAGCGGGCUAGUGUAUACGCUGGAAAUGUUAUCAUGACUGGGACUUGGGUUCCGCGCCGCCGCUAUGUGCCUUUGCGUGUCUGUGCACGGUCUCGGUCACCGGCCGACUUCUCAGUGCUCAGAAGCGGUCCGCUGUGUUCGACGGGCGAGGGGCGGCGCCGCGGAGUGGUAGGACGGGGAGAAAGCGCUGUCGGCCGACCGCGGGCGGCAGCGGGACUCUGACAAUCAGCACGGCGCGCACAGGGCAGCACGGCGCAGCGCAACAGCAAUUAUCACAUUCCCUCCGUAGUGUUCACGUGUGUGCACGGUCCGCGCGGCCGCGGCACGGGGGUCGGGCGGCUCGGGUACGAGGUAACUCGCGGGACCAAUCAGGGCGGCUUUAGGUGGUCAAGGGGCACUCACAAGGUAGCGGUGCCAUCGCACGGGUCUGCACGCACGCCUCACGGACGGUCAUAGGUCGCCGCAGCUGACGCUAGCUUUCACUGCCGUAUCGACACGUUUUAGUGGCCUCCUGGUGUGAAUGUGCGUGUAUAUGAAACUACAAUACAUUCAUGUCAUCAGGGGUACA